AAUUGCUGUAACCUUUUCUUCUCAAGUGACUGAUCAUGAUGACAGCGAUCGAGGGAAGUUCCGCUGUUCUGAAGUGUAUUGGUUGCUAGCCACGCUUCUAAGGCCUGGCACAGGGAAGCACCAAGUAAAGUAAAUCUCUAGAACCAUUUGUGGGUUUAAGCGAACCAAUGGUUCUCCUACGAUUGUGUUUGGCGAUCUUUACGGCGCUAGCCCUCUUUUCUACAGCAGUAAACAGUGUGAGUCAAGCCGAGCUCGACAACAUGGCAGCCAAAAUUGAUCUGCGCUAUGACGUCAUCUCCAAUCUCCAAGGCGACGGAAGGUAUAGUGCAAAGCUCACACUGACAAACACCGGAACGACCGUGAUAACCAAGGGGGACUGGGACCUGGUAUUUUGCUCUAUAAGGCUCAUUGUUCCGGACAGCAGCACCGAAAGAGCGGGAGUGAAAGUCAGUCACAUUAACGGCUGUCUUCAUAAGAUGACGCCCCUUGAGACUUUCCCUGUAUUGGCAGCCGAUCAGAAUGUAGAGAUUCCUUUUAGAGCAAUGAACUGGGUCGUCGCCAAGACAGAUAUUAUGCCGAAUUGGUUUUUCGCCGCGGAUGGACUGGAGCCUAGAGUGGUGAAAAGUACUGAGGGGGAGGGGCUAAGUUUUGUUGGCAAAUUUACCACGGAAGAGCAGUGGAAGCGAUAUGCGAACGAUCAAUACAACCCAUACACAGCUCAAGGCAGAUAUGACGUCAUUGGUUUUGAUGACCUCGGGGAGGAUGGGUGGGGAGAUAUUGUCACCAUUCCACAGCCAAUGACCGUGCAGGGCCUGGAGAGGAAAUCACGUGUUGGGAUUAGAGCUGACUGGAAGAUUUUCGCUGAUGGCGGAUUCCAGAAAGAGGCACAGCUUCUCAAAGCUAAGUUCAAUGCGCAAAUCGCAUCUUCCAUGCCAUUCAACCAGUCAAAGCUCAUCCGAUUGGUCAAGGGUGAUCCUAACGUCACAAGAGGCGUGGCUUCGUCUGAGGCGUACAGUCUCGAAAUCAAGGUUGCAGAAAAAGAGAUAAAACUGACGGGUAGCCAUGCAUCCGGGGUCUUCUAUGGCGUACAAACCCUGAUUGCCUUAGCUGACAAAGAAAAUACCGUUCCCAUGGUAACCAUCAAGGACGCCCCUAGAUACGGCUAUCGCGGGAUGCACCUUGAUGUUGGACGGAACUUCAUGGAGAAAGCCGCUGUCCUGAAGCUGUUGGAUGCCAUGGCAACAUACAAGAUGAAUAAAUUCCAUUUUCACCUUACGGACGACGAGGGCUGGAGACUAGAAAUCCCUGGACUGGAGGAGCUUACGACGGUUGGCUCCAAGCGUUGCUAUGACAUCAACACCACCAGAUGCAUCCUUUCUCAGCUAGGUUCAGGCCCCUCUCCGUCCACCUCCGCCCAGUACUACUCUGUCAGUGAUUACAAAGAAAUCCUGAAACGCGCGAAUGAUCUUCACAUUCAAGUUAUCCCCGAAUUCGACAUGCCGGGGCAUGGUUACGCCGCAAUCAAAUCCAUGGAGGCGAGGUUUAAACGGCUGAAAGAUUCAAACCCCAGCGAGGCUUCAAAAUAUAUUUUAUCGGACUUCAAUGACACUUCGAAAUAUUUAUCCAUUCAGUAUUUCACGGAUAAUGCCAUCAAUCCUUGUAUUGAAUCAACUUACGCUUUUAUUGAGAAAGUCCUCACCGAAGUCAAGAGCAUGCACAAAGACAUCCAACCGCUGACCGUGUAUCACUUUGGCGGGGACGAAGUGGCGCAUGGGGCCUGGACCAAGUCCAGCGCCUGCGAGCAAUUAGCUCAGCGGAUGGGGUAUAACCUUACCGGAAGUGACAUCGUGGAUAAGCUGAAGGGGUAUUUCGUUGAGCGCGUUGCAAACAUAACUGUUAAUGACGGCCUCAGUCUAGCGGGCUGGGAAGAUGGGUUGUUAGGACACGGCGAAGUCCCGUAUAACCGAAAGUCGUUUCGAAAUUCCAACGUGAUGGCGUAUGCGUGGAAUAACAUCUGGGAGUGGGGGUCUGGGAAGAGGGCGUAUCUACUGGCGAACGCUGGGUAUAAGGUGGUUAUGACCCAGGCCACUCACCUUUACUUCGACUUCCCGUACGAGCCUGACCCGCAGGAGCGUGGGUACUACUGGGCAACUCGAUUCACCGACACCCGAAAAACGUUCGGAUUUAUGCCUGAUAACCUGUUCAAUAACGUCGAGCAGAAAGUCACAGGAGAACCUCUAACACGAGAGGAGCUUUGCAAGACUGAGGGCAUGUGUGUUGAACUUGUUAAGAAGGAAAACAUCAUUGGCAUGGCGGGAGCCCUGUGGACCGAGACCGUGCGAACCGCUGACCAGAUGGACAGCAUGAUCUUCCCGCGUCUUCUCGCUGUUGCGGAACGCGCGUGGCACAAGGCAUCAUGGGAAGACAUAAGCGACAAGACUGAGCGUAACAAUAAGCGGUCUGAGGCAUGGAAACGAUUCGCCACCUACUUAGGGCAUCUCGAAAUGACUAGGCUUGACGCUAUGAAAAUCAAGUACCAUCUACCACCCCCUGGGGCUAGAGUCGAGAACUCAAAGCUCAAAGUCCGAACUGCUAUACAAGGGCUACCUGUACAGUUCUCAAAGGAUGAUGGGAAGACAUGGAGCGACGUAACUGAUUCGACGGAAGUGCGUGGCAAACUCGUGCUGCGCACAAAGUCAGCGGAUGGCACCCGCCAGAGCAGGCUCGUAACAUUGAACAUGGAUGUGUCUGUUGCUUCACGCCUUUCGGUUGCACGGGUAUUGGUCACCCUGUGGUGUUUUACAUUAACGUCCGUGCUCUGAACCUGUGGAAUUCUGCCUAAAGACCGUUCAGUUCGUAGUUUCUGUCUGAACAACCAUCUAUGACAUCUUAUUCCAUUUCAUAACGCAAUAUUUUUGCGAUUUCACUAUUCCGUAAAAAAAAAGCCACUUUACUUUCGCGAUUUUGAAUAUGUGAAAUCCUACAAAAACUUAGACAAAGUGUAUCCAUGAAACUUAUUAAACCGAUAAAUAUUG